AUGGCCCACCCAACUCAAGAUCUCCUGGGCCAACUUCCCAUUCUCCAAUCCUACACUCACCUGUUGCUCUGUUUCCCGCUGCCCUCUCCCUCUCCCUCUUCCUCCUCCUCUGCCAUUCUCUCCGCCCUUGAAUCCGCCGUCCACCAACUCUUCACUCUGAUCCCCAUCUUGGCAGGCCAAGUCAUCAACGAUGGCGUCUCGGCCACCUCAUCUGGCGCCUUCAUGGUGACUCCCUUAGCCUCCCGCCCUUCCCCCAUCAUUCGCAUUGUGGACCACACCCCCAACCCCAGCAUCCCCAGCUACAAUACCCUCCGCAAUGCCCACUUCCCAUCCCACAUGCUGCCGGGGGCCAUCUUCUCACCUCCGCGCCCCGCCUUCCCCAUCCCCUAUCCCGAAGACACCCACCCCGUUCCCGUCCUCGACAUCCAAGCCAAUUUGCUUCAAGGCGGAUUGCUCCUCACCCUGGCCGCCCAACACAACAUCAUUGAUGCUAGCGGUAUCUUCCAAGUCGCCUCUCUCCUGGCCCGUCUCACCCGAGGGGAAUCCAUCCCCGAGGCCGAGAUCAACGAAGCCAACCUCGACCGACGCCACCUGAUUGCCGUGUAUCCUGAUGACGAACCCCUCCGCCACGACUACACCGACUACAAGCCCGCCAUCAUCCCCCGCGCCCCUCCCAAUCUAACCGCCCUGUUCCCCACCUUCAAAUGGGCCAAUUUUCAUUUCCCCAAACACAGCAUAGAAGCCAUCUACACCCUCGCCAAGACCCCCCCAGCUACCCCAUCCACUUCCACCUCCACCUCCACCUCCACCUCCACCCAAUCCCCAAAAUCCAAAAUCACCCCCAACGACGCCCUCACAGCCUUCAUCUGGCAACGUCUCUCCCACAUCCGUCUACACCCCCCAUCUUCCCUCCCCCAAACCCUCUCUCAAACCCAAAACACCACAACCACCACCACCAAACUCACCCGCGCCCUGGACCUCCGCCGCACUCUCUCCCUCACCCCCUCCUACCUGGGCCACUCCAUCCGCACCGCAACCCUCCGUCUGCCCCUCUCCGAAAUCACCUCCCUCCCACUUUCCACCUUAUCCUCUCUCCUCCGCGACCAACUCCUCUCUCUCCGAACAUUAGACUCCGUCCGCGACUACGCUACUUUCUUAUCCCGGGAACCGGAUAAAAGAAAGAUAGCCUACGCGGGAGGGGAAUUCAACCCUCGAACGGAUUUUAGUUGUUCGAGUGUGGCGCAUGUCGAUCUGAAACAGUUGGCGUUGGGUUGGGGGAAGGGGGAGGUGGAGGGAGUGGCGAGGUGUGAAGGGGUCAGAAGACCCGAGGCCGGGGUGUUGCCGGGAGGAUGUUAUUUGGCGGAGGCGGGGAGGUGGUAUGUUGAUGGUAAGGGAGAAGAGGAGGGGGAGGAAGAAGAAGAAGGGGGAGUCGAGGCGUUGAUGUGUUUAGAUGGAUGGGAGAUGGACGGGUUGAUGAGGAAUGAGGAUUGGGUGAGGUGGGUUGACGGCAUCAUCGGGACCAUCCUCGCCCUGGGCCUCCUCAAAUCCAACCAGGCUCCACCAAAAACGAAGCUCAACAUCAGAGUAUAUGAGCAAUCAGCCUUCCCUCGGGAAAUUGGCGCCGGGAUUGGCUUCACCGCCACAGCCCGAAAAUGCAUGGCCCUGAUGGACGACCGCAUCGCCGACUGCGUGGGGGUGGUGGCCACACUGAAUGGCGAGCCCGAAAAUCCCGACUACAGCAUGCGCUUUGUGGAUGGCUUUCGCACCUUCCCGAUCUCCCCGGACGAGGGAUACGGGGUCCAUGUACGGAAAAACGAGGGUGAAGAAGAGGACGUAUCCAUCCACGGAAAAGUGUAUAAGCUGUAUGCCGGACCGCGGGGAUUUGAGGGGUGCCACCGAGCACAUUUUCUGGAGCAGAUUUUGAAGCUCAUGCCCGAAGGAAUCGUGCAGUUCAAGAAGCGCGUGGAAGAAUUCGAGUACCUGGAGACGGGCAAGGUUAGACUGGACUUCGCCGAUGGAGAGCAGACAGAGUGUGACCUUGUCAUCGCCUGUGAUGGCAUUAGAUCUCGCAUUCGCGAGCUGCUCUUCACGCCCGCAUACAACGCGCAGUACACUCACCAGCUGGCGUUCCGCGGCCUUGUUCCAAUGGAUGCAGCGAUCCAGAAACUCAGUCGAUACCGCGCGCUAAGGCAGCACAUGCACUGCGGUCCGAACGCACAUGUUCUGCAUUUCCCAGUUGCAAAUCAGCAGCUCAUGAACGUGGUUGCAUUUGUCCCAGACCCGGAUAAGUGGUUGAGCAAGAGUAUGACUGCUCCAGCUCAGAAGAGCGAAGUCGUAGAGGCGUUCCGAGAAUGGAGCCCGUUUGUGCGCGCAGUGAUCGACCUACUCCCCGAGGAACUGGAUAAAUGGGCCGUUUUCGAUACGUAUGAGCGCCCCGUGCCAAAGUAUGCUGAGCGCCGGGUUGCUCUGGCCGGCGAUGCAGCCCAUGCCUCAUCGCCGCACCACGGGGCUGGCGCAGGAAUAGGGGUCGAGGACGCGUUGGCAUUGGUGGCUGCUUUGACGAGGGCGCGGGCGGAUGUCGAUCGGGGUGUGGCAAUGGGAAAGACGCUGGAGGCAGCAAUGAAAGCAUACUCGAAGGUGCGAUACGAACGAUCGCAGUGGCUGGUGAAGAGCAGUCGCCAGGUGGGUUGGACGUACGAAUGGAUGAACGCCGACAUCGGUGGGGACAUGGAUCGAGCGUUUGCGGAUAUCCGCGACAGAAGCCAAAAGGUAUGGCAUUUCGAUGUCGAGGCUAUGGUGGCGGAGGUGGAAAGAGAAUAUCGCCGGUUCCUGCAGUAA